UGGGCCCUUUUUUGUGAAUGAAGCUCCACGGAACAGCCCUCCUGGGGUCCCGGGUGCCGCGAACCGCUUUACUCAGGCACCACCGCCGCAGCGUCCGCGGUGGGCGCGCGCGCGGUCACCCAAGGCGGCCAAAGGCUGCGCUAGCCGCCAGCCGCAGCACCGUCGCCUCCUCCGCGCCAGCGAGCUGCGGGCACUUGGGGGCGGGCUGGGGGGCGCCGGCCGCGGCAGGAGGCGCUGUAGCCUGGGCUACCGCGCGGGUCUAGCGGCGGCUGCCGAAGGGAGCGGGGCAGGCGCCCUGGGCCCUGCCCCUCCCCCGGCUCCUGCGCGGUCGCCUCCCGCCGGGAUCGGCCGGCUCCCGCCGUCCACACAGCGUCUCUCCGCGCCCGCUAUCCCGAGCGCCCGCGCGCGUGUCUGGCGGGGGCCUCGGCGGGCGAGCGGGCGCGCGGGGCCAUGGUUGUGGCCCCCUGACGGGCCGCGGUCGCCUCCAUGAAGCGGAAGAGCGAGUGGCGGGCGAGCUGGGCCGCCGCGCCCCCCUGCUCGCGGCGCGGCUCUUCCUCCUCGCUGGGAGCGAAGAAGAGCCGUAGCUCCACGUCGCAGGAACUGCAUCGCCUGGACCAGCACGACGACCUGUACCUGGACAUCACCGAUCGCCUUUGUUUUGCCAUUCUCUACAGCAGACCAAAGAGUUCAUCAAGUGUACAUUAUUUCAGCAUAGAUAAUGAACUUGAAUAUGAAAACUUCUACGCAGAUUUUGGACCACUCAAUCUGGCAAUGGUUUACAGAUAUUGUUGCAAGAUAAAUAAGAAAUUAAAGUCCCUUACAAUGAUAAGGAAGAAAAUUGUUCAUUUCACUGGCUCUGAUCAGAGAAAACAAGCAAACGCAGCUUUCCUCGUUGGAUGCUACAUGGUUAUAUAUCUGGGGAGAACUCCAGAAGAAGCAUAUAGAAUAUUAAUGUUUGGAGAUACAUCCUAUAUUCCUUUCAGAGAUGCUGCCUAUGGGAGCUGCAAUUUCUUCAUUACACUUCUCGACUGUUUCCAUGCUGUGAAGAAGGCAAUGCAGUAUGGCUUCUUUAACUUCAACUCUUUCAACCUUGAUGAAUAUGAAUACUAUGAAAAAGCAGAAAAUGGAGAUUUAAAUUGGAUAAUACCAGGCCGAUUUAUUGCCUUCUGUGGACCUCAUUCAAGAACCAGACUUGAAAGUGGUUAUCACCAACAUUCUCCAGAGUCUUACAUUCCCUAUUUCAAGAAUCACAGCGUUACUACCAUUAUUCGUCUGAAUAAAAGGAUGUAUAAUGCCAAACACUUUACAAAUGCUGGUUUCGAUCACUAUGAUCUAUUCUUUGCGGAUGGCAGCACCCCUACUGAUGCGAUUGUCAAAGAAUUUCUGGAUAUUUGUGAAAGUGCCGAGGGUGCCAUUGCAGUACAUUGUAAAGCUGGCCUUGGGCGAACGGGUACUCUGAUAGCCUGCUACAUCAUGAAGCAUUACAGGAUGACUGCGGCCGAGACCAUCGCUUGGAUCAGGAUCUGUAGGCCUGGCUCAGUGAUCGGGCCUCAGCAACAAUUUUUGGUGAUGAAACAGCCAAGCCUCUGGUUGGAAGGUGACUAUUUUCGUCAAAAGUUAAGGGGUCAGGAGAAUGGAAAACAUAAAGCAGCUGUCUCAAAACUCCUCUUGGCUGUUGAUGACAUUUCAAUCAAUGGUGUCGAGAAUCAAGACAAGCAAGAACCUGAACUGUACAGUGACGACGACGAAGUCAAUGGAGUGACACAAGGGGAUAGACUUCGGGCCCUGAAAAGCAGAAGACAAUCAAAAGCAAAUGCUGUUCCCCUCACAGUAAUCCUUCAGUCCAGUGUUCAGAGCUGUAAAACGUCUGAACCUGACAUUUCUGGCAGUGCAGGCAUUACUAAAAGAACCACCAGAUCUGCUUCAAGAAAAAGCAGUUUUAAAAGCCUGGUUCCUCAGAGGGAAAGAAGGAAAAGGAGUGCUUUGCAGCAAAUGCCCUUAAUGGCAUUAUGGUACUCUCAUUGCUCAGCUGCUUCUGCCCGCCUCCCCUCUUUUAUUUUGAUUGUUUUUUAUUAUUUUUAUUUUUUUUAUUUUUAUUUUUGCAGAACUGAACCUUUUUCUGCUCUGCCUUUCUCUCCUGUUUGUCUUUAUGGUUGGUAUUGUACUGUUUUUUCCAAAGUAUCUGUCAUUAAAGAAUUAUGCAAAGAGUGUACUCUUUAGCAUGUCAGUAUUUUUUAUUAUGUUGCCUUCCUUGUCUUUGAUAACUACAUGUGGGACACUUGGAAACCUUCAUGGUAAAAUCCUUUUUUUUCUCCCCCCGUAGUCCCUCCAUUUCAAGGACUAAAACAGUCUUGCGUUAAGUAAAAACCUGUGACCAGAACUGAAGGAAGACUCUAGGAACAGAAAACUACAACAGGACUUAGCACAAUUUAUUUUGGAAACAAAAAAAAAUUGAAAAAGCCUUAGCUGCUUUCCACCUAAGAAGUUUAUUCAAUGAAGAAAAUGUCCACUGGAGUUUAAAUAACUACAUGAGUUUGGGUACAAGGGAUGACCUCAAGAUAGCCCAACUCUCCUUUUGUAGAAACGUCUCAAGUUGAACAACAAAAAAGCUGUUGUAAAUUUCGUCUCAGGUGUAAAUAUCAAAGCCCUCUGUUAUCAGGAGGGCUGACUACUCUGUGGGUGCAUGUGUGUCCCUGUGAUGGCAAUCAUUUUCGCUGCUGGCCUUCAGAGGAAUUAAGCAUCUGAUGGAGGUUUUUUACCUAUUUAUUCUCUGUUCACCCUGUGUCAAAAUUUAUAAAUAUAAAACAGGCAUUACUUAAAUGGUACUUCCUGUCAUUUGAUACUAUUUGGUGUAAUCAUCUUCACUUUAAUAUUUGUGAUAUUGUUGUAAUGCUAACUGUGUUAAGUACCCAAGCUGCUUGUCUUCCACCAAAGAGUGCUUUAUUGACAAGACUCUGUAAAAACCACAUACGGAGACUGUUGUAUGCUGUGACACAAAGUAGCAGUAGGUGCACUGGUGUCCUAAAACUUGCAAGAGAAGAUCAGUAGUAGCUUUAAAAGACUUGGGAGGAGGAACUGGCCUCAGUGUUGGAAGGUUGUUGAAGUCAUUCCUUUUUCUGUCAUUAAGGGGCUAAAUUAUUUGGUUGCCUAGUUGUACAGAUUGAAAUUGUAUGUACUUCUUUGCAUGGAAAAACCCCACACUUUUGGUGUUUCUCCUUGGAAACAGUAAUCUGAAACAGUGGUGGCUUAAAAAAAACAAAACUUGCUGCUUUACUAGGGUCUUUCUCUGUACCAUUGUGGACUUUUUGGUAAUGCGAUCAGCCCAAGGCCAUUCAUACGCCCUUUGAUUUCAGUGACACUGAUUCACGUCUGGAUUUCAGUGGUUUGUACAUAAGACACUCACUGUUGCCUUUGGUUAGGGACUCAGCUCUGUAGAGUGCCUUCUCCCCCUGCAAAAACACAGCAGAGUCUGUGAUGUAGUGUUCACAAACACAGAGUGUGUUUGCUGCUAAAAAAAAAAAUGGGGUCCAUUAUAAAAGAGUACUUUUAAGUGAAUGAGUGGUUGUAGCUAUUGUUAACCACUAUUGCCUGUCCUAGUUUGGAGAAUUGGGGGAUACGUUAUUGAAAGGCAAAAUGCCUUCACAUUACGAGAUGAAUGAAUCAGGUUAGUAGGUAAUUUCAUGUUUUUAAAGUUGUCUUUUAAACGGAACUAUGAGGAAUAGGAAGUGGUUUGCAUAUACAGAGUAAAGUGUGUCAGUGCAAAAGUAAUUGGAAGGCCCUGGCUCCACUUCCGUGCUUACACUCUGGAUAAUCGCGAGGUUGCCUCACUCUGAAGGACAGUGGAAGCCGCUGUUGUUUUGACCACACGAGCAGCACUUCCUUCCCCAUUAGACCACGUGGGGGUCGGGUCAUGCUGGCUUUUACACCUUGGGGCCUAGAUCUCAGAAAAACAGUGGUUUUUCUAUCCAUGGAAAUUCAUAGACACAAAGACCAACUUGCCUGAUGGGAAGACUGCUUUCUAACGAGCUUUGGGUGGGAGGAGAAACAUUCUGUUUGCUGGAUUGUUCUAGGAGAGAAUGCUAGAUAUUCAAACUGCCCAGGCAUAAACAUUGAAUUCUCAGGGCAAAUUUUCUUCCCUUUACACUUUUAAAGGCCAUCUCCUGCAUAAAUAUAAUUCAGGUAGUUGUGAGAAUCAAAUUUCCAUCUGAACUGUGCUUGGUUUGGCUUUUUAUUAUAUCAGAACAAGUAAAUGCUGUCCCCUCCCAGCGAAUAAGCCAUUUAGUGUCUUGGCCAAGAGUAAAAAUUUGGACUUCAGUGUUAACCACAGUACUUACUAUUCUACUAAUUGCCUUUUUGUGUUGGCCGCUCAUGUUUCCAGCUAGAAUUGCUAUCACUGUGGCUCUCUCUAAAAAUCCUUGUGUUUACCAGGCUCAUUGCUGAAAUUAGUCAUAGGAAACUAGUGAUUUGAUAAAGAGUCAUUUCCUGGAAUACAGAAGGACACAGCAACAGUGUUAAACUUUGGAGGAUAUACCUAGAAUCUAGGAAGUCUGUGGGUCAGACUGAUGGAAAGCUCUUGCUAUGAAUAAGAGUGGACUCUUUCCCCACCACCCCCCAGCUGAAAAAUCAACACACCCAGAAUCUCCUAAGAUUCUAAUUUUAAGUUCUUGUUAAUGGGAAACCUUUUCACAAUGGAAUGUGAAACAGCAUGUCAGGUGGAGAGAUUCCUUUUCCUUAAGAGACUUAGAUAGCUUUAAAAGUACACCCUGAUCAUUUCCAUUGCAGUGAAAAUUGGAAAUAUUUUUAGGUGCCCUUGAAGCUUUCUGAGCACUAAAAUCGUCAAAAGUGAGGGACAGCUCAAAGGAAGGGUGUCUGCAAAACUGGGUACCAGGAAGUAUAGACAGGCCUUCUAUUUUGUGUUUCUUAAAAACGAGGAAUCUCUGUGACCUGUUGUGAAGAGGGCCAGCCUGAGCAGUGCCUCACUGAGACAAGUAGCCUGAUUGUCAGGUAGCUGCUUCCUAGCGACAUGCUGCUCUUCCACUUUCCAGGAGAGUUCUGUCCCAAACUCGAUCCCCUUCCGAUCACCCACCUUCCUCCUCCCUUGACCUCUUCCCCCUCUCAGGGGUGAUUUCUACCUCUUCUCGUGGGCCCAGACAAGUUUUAGAGGUGUUCCCCAGUGUUCUCACUCGACAAAGGUGUUUCCUUUGGGACCCUGAUCCCUGGUGGGCAGGCUGUGUGGACCCUCAGGCGUCUGGGCCGUGUUGUGCCAAGAGCUCUGGGAGCCUUUCCUUUGCUUGAAUCCGUGUUCAUGACACAUGAGCAAUGCGUUCCUUUGAUGUUGAUGUUUAUUCUAAAGUAGCUCUACUGCGUCUCUUUGUGCAUUUUUAAUUACUGCAUUUUGGAAAGCAGUGCUCAUCAAAAACAACUUUAAAAACCUAUUUUAAAUUCUUUCAUAGUUAUUUCUCACUAAAACUGCCUUGUGAGGUCAGCUGCUGCUCUUCUCUUUCUCCUAAAUCUGAGUAUUCUCCAUGCCACUAGGUGGGAGUGCUACAGGUGUGCUGAAAAGACUGGAUAGCUCACCAGUACUGGGUAGGAAGUUACCUCCUCAGUUGCUUAGUAGAAUUAAAUGUCAGCAGGUGUGUCAUCUAAUUACAGUACUGCAGUUUUAUAUUAAUAAUUUGCAUACUUUAUCUAACCUGCACUCAUGUACAGAUUUAUUAAAAGUUUUAAAAUGUAACUGAUCAAUCAGUAUCUGGUCAACUAUUGUCUUGAUUUUUUUAAUUAAAAUGUAUAUUUCUAAUCAUAUUUUAUAAAGCUGAGAGAACUGGUUGAAUGAAUGUUUAUUUUCCUGAAGGUAUUUUUAAGAUAACGCUUCUUAAUGGUGUGUAAACUUUGUAUAUCUAUGUAGUUUGAUACAUGUAUUUGAAAAAUCAUGUGUAUUGGAACUGGUUUUAUACAAAAUAUUGAAUAGUGGAAAUUGUGUAAUUAUAAUCAUGUAAUUAAAAGUGUUAAC